ACAAGCAGCUACCAUUAGCUUACUGCAGAGGACGAAACGCCGCAAACGUUUCAUAACAUACCUCCGCAGCCGGUGACCCGUCCGGGCCGAGCCGUCCCCGCUGGCCCGUCCCCGGUCCGCUCCCGUAUGUACUCGGCGGUGCUGAUCGCCGCUGUCGUCGGCGGCGGCGUCCUGCUUCUCAUGCGCCGUUUGUUUCCCAGACAGAAAGCCGUGCAGCUGCUGCGUUAUCCGGCCAACACGAUGCGGGGAAAGACCGUCAUCGUGACCGGGGCCAACAGCGGGAUCGGAAAGGCCGUGGCCGGGGAGCUGCUGAAGCUGCACGCCCGGGUCAUCAUGGCCUGUCGGGACCUGCAGAGCGCCGAGGAGGCGGCCCGGGAGAUCCAGAAAGAAGCGGGUCAGGAGCAGGGGGAGGUGGUCAUCAAACACCUGGACCUGGCCUCCCUGGCUUCAGUGAGGAGGUUCUGUGAGGAGAUCAAUAAGGAGGAACCAAAGAUCGACGUGCUGAUAAACAACGCGGGCGUCUACCAGUGUCCCUACACCAAGACUGAGGAUGGUUUUGAGAUGCAGCUUGGCGUGAACCACCUGGGCCACUUCCUGCUCACUCACCUGCUCCUGGACCUCCUGAAGACGUCGGCGCCCAGCCGCAUCGUCGUGGUCUCCUCCAAGCUCUACAAGUACGGCCACAUCAACUUCGACGACCUGAACAGCGAGGCCAAGUACGACAAGGCUUUCUGCUACAGCCAGAGCAAGCUGGCCAACCUGCUGUUCACGCUGGAGCUGGCUAAGCAGCUGCAGGGCAGCGGGGUCACGGUCAACGCGCUCACCCCGGGCAUUGUGAGGACCCGCCUGGGCAGGCACGUCCAAAUCCCCUUCCUGGCGAAGCCGCUGUUCAACCUCGCCUCGAUGGUCUUUUUCAAGAGUCCUCUGGAGGGGGCGCAGACGCCGCUGUAUCUGGCCUGCUCCCCCGAGGUGGAGGGCGUGUCGGGGAAGUGCUUCGCUAACUGCGAGGAGGAGGAGCUGAUGGCCAAAGCCGUGGACGAACAGGCAGCCAAGAAACUAUGGGACAUUAGCAGGAGGAUGGUGGGACUCAGUGACUGAGCAGCGGCGUCGGGGGGGAUGGGGGGGGGGUUCAUCUCCUGCAGCCCCUGAAGGACACAGCGGUCCAAGAAACAGCUCAUGCAAACAGCUGAUAACAGAAAUUGAACGACACUUCUGUGCCAAUGAAUUUUAAUAAAGAAUUUCAAAAGUGUG